AUGCGGUGCUACACCAAGUUUCUGCUGCUCGUGGCGGUCGUGCUCGUCGUACUGCUGGCCACCACGUUGAGCACUCUCUACAUCGUGCCGAGGAACACACCGCUUCUCAGCAACCGUUUUGUGGCGGAGAUCAACUUAAAAGCGAAGGGUCAGUGGACCGCCUCGGCUGAUAAUGGACACCUGGUCAGCGGCAAGAGUGAUGAGGAGUUGCGCAAGCUGAUGGGUGUGCUCAACAUGAGCACCGCGGCUCUCUCUCCCCGCAUCUUCUCUGCGGAGGAACUGGCACAGGAGUUACCAACAUCGUUCGACUCAAGCGACAAAUGGCCCAAGUGCCGGACGAUUAGCGAGAUCCGUGACCAGUCGAACUGCGGUUCGUGCUGGGCCAUCGCCGCGGUGGAGGCUAUGUCGGACCGCUACUGCACAGUCGCCGGCAUUACGGAUCUCCGCGUCUCGACUGGACACCUCCUCUCCUGCUGCUUUGUAUGCGGCAUGGGUUGCCAGGGUGGCAUCCCGACGAUGGCGUGGCUGUGGUGGGUGUGGGUGGGUCUAACGUCCGAGGUCUGUCAGCCCUACCCCUUCCCCCCGUGCGGUCAUCACACGGACGGUGGUAAGUACCCAGCCUGUCCGAGCACCAUCUACGACACCCCCACAUGCAACUCCACCUGCGCGGACUCCCAUACGGCGUUGACCAAGCACAAGGGCGAAAAGUCCUACAGCCUCCGUGGCGAGCGCGAGUACAUGAUCGAGCUCAUGACCUACGGCCCCUUCGAGGUGGCCUUCGAUGUGUACGCCGAUUUCGUCUCCUACAAGAGUGGCGUGUACAGCCACACCACUGGCGAGCGUCUCGGCGGACAUGCUGUGAAGUUGGUUGGUUGGGGCGUCCAGAACGGCACGCCGUACUGGAAGAUCGCCAACAGCUGGAACAGUGAUUGGGGUGACAACGGCUACUUCCUGAUCAGGCGCGGCACCGAUGAGUGUGGCAUUGAAUCGACCGGCGUUGCUGGUUUGCCCUCACUGAAGUAG